UCAAAACAUUCUUUGUUUCUCUCUCUCUCUCUCUCUCUCUCCAAAUUCUCAGAGAAUUUAUUUGUGAGAUUCAGAUCUAAAGAACAUUUUUCCUCGCCUUCACUUUUGCUGAGAAUUAGCUCUGAGAAUCUGAGAAAUGGCGACGGUGUCCCCUCUCGCCAAAUACAAGCUGGUGUUCUUGGGCGAUCAAUCCGUCGGCAAAACCAGCAUCAUCACCCGCUUCAUGUACGACAAAUUCGACACCACGUAUCAGGCUACUAUUGGGAUUGAUUUUUUGUCAAAAACUAUGUACCUUGAAGAUCGGACAGUUCGUUUGCAGCUUUGGGAUACUGCUGGGCAAGAAAGAUUUAGGAGUCUCAUUCCAAGCUACAUUAGAGAUUCUUCUGUUGCUGUAAUUGUCUAUGACGUAGCAAAUAGGCAAUCAUUUCUGAAUACUAGUAAGUGGAUCGAAGAGGUGCGUACAGAACGGGGCAGUGAUGUCAUCAUCGUCCUUGUUGGGAACAAAACCGAUCUUGUCGAUAAAAGGCAAGUUUCUAUAGAGGAAGGAGAAGCCAAGUCUCGUGAGUUUGGAGUCAUGUUCAUAGAAACCAGUGCAAAAGCAGGAUUCAACAUCAAGCCUCUCUUCCGUAAGAUUGCUGCUGCCUUGCCAGGGAUGGAAACCCUUUCUUCCACAAAACAGGAAGACAUGGUGGACGUGAAUCUGAAGCCCACUGUUAAUUCAUCCCACACAGAGCAGCAAGGAGGAGGUUGCCCUUGCUAGAGAAACAUGUUUCAAAUGAUAAAGAGAAAAAAGAGCAGUUAGGACAUGAAAAUUCUCAGUGAGAUCAGCUACAUGCCAUCAGGUUUCUUCCUCGUACUUAGAACGUGAUUAUGUUCUAACAUACUAAUGUUGAAAUUUUGAAAUCUUCAUUACCAUUUUUUUGUCCGCAGAAGUCAUCUUGAAAUUUCUACCAUUGUGAUUAGUGUUGUAAAACUGUAUUCAGAAUCUCAUUUAUUACAGAAGUUUUUCUUUACAUCACUUACGGUUAGGCUGGCUUGGUAAAUGAAACUAAGAUUAAGAUCUCAAUAAGAGCAAUGUUGUUUAGUAGAUUA